AUGUCGGAACAAAUAGUUAAACCCCAGAAGCUACAACUGCAAACAAAACUCACAACUCUGAAUGAGGCUCAGAAGUUACUGGGCGAUCUUCAAUGGUUAAAACCGAUUGUUGGAAUACCAAACGAACUGCUGGACAAAUUACGCCCACUUCUCAAAGGCACGGACCCAGCAAGUCCGAUCCGUGUUACUCCGGAACAACAGCACACUCUUCAGAAAAUAAUGGACUGCAUUACACAGGGGCAAGUCCAUCGGGGAGAUCCAGAAUUAUCCAUAGACCUGACGAUCUGGAACGGUCCCAAAUACCUCCUUGGGGCACUGACUCAAUUGCAAAAGAAAACGGGGGAGAUAAGGUGGUGUUAUCAGGGAGAGUGCAUACCUUUUGGCACUUGGCCCCAGAGCAUAGAUGGGGGCUGGGGUCCAUGGUCGAUAUGGGGAGAGUGCAGCAGGAUCUGCGGAGGAAGAGUCUCCUCAUCUAUAAGACAUUGUGACAGUCCAGCGCCUUCAGGCAGAGGCAAAUAUUGUCUUGGAGUAAGGAAGCAAUAUUGCUCCUGUAAUACUGAUCCAUGUCCUCCAGGGGCCCGUGAUUUUCAAGAAAAACAAUGUGCAGACUUUGACAAUAUGCCUUUUCGGGGAAAGUAUUAUAACUGGAAACCCUACACUGGAGGUGAGGUUAAACCAUGUGCAUUAAACUGCUUGACUGAAGGUUAUGAUUUUUACACUGAAUGUGCUCCUGCAGUAAUAGAUGGAACUCAGUGCAAUUCUGAUUCACUGGAUAUUUGCAUCAAUGGAGAAUGCAAGCAUGUAGACUGUGAUAAUAUUUUGGGGUCUGAUGCUAAGGAAGAUGGAUGCCGUGUUUGUGGAGGAGAUGGAAGUACAUGUGAUGCCACUGAAGGUUUCUUCAAUGAUUCAUUGCCCAAGGGAGGCUACAUGGAAGUGAUUCAAAUUCCAGGAGGUUCUGUACACACUGAAAUAAGAGAAGCGGCAAUGUCAAAGAACUACAUUGCUUUAAAAUCUGAAGAGGAUGACUACUAUAUUAAUGGUGCCUGGACUAUUAACUGGCCAAGAAAGUUUGAUGCUGCUGGAACAGCUUUCCAUUACAAGAGACCAACAGAUGAACCAGAAUCUUUGGAAUCACUAGGCCCUACUUCAGAAAAUCUUGUAGUCAUGAUUCUGCUACAGGAACAAAAUUUGGGUAUAAGGUACAAAUUCAGUAUUCCCAUCUCUCGCACUGGCAGUGGAGACUAUGAAGUUGGCUUUUCAUGGAAUUAUCUGCCUUGGUCAGAAUGUUCUGCCACUUGUGCUGGAGGUGUACAGAAACAAGAGGUAGUGUGUAAAAGGCUGGAUGAUAACUCCAUUGUACAAAACAAUUACUGUGAACCUGACAGUAACCCUCCAGAAAACCCAAGAGCCUGCAACACUGAGCCCUGCCCACCUCAGAUUCUGCUUGAGAAACUGGCUGCCAUUGUCCUGGACAAACGUACCCUCUGCUGGUGCAUUUCUGACACUUUUAUUGAGUUUUUACUGAGAUUUUCAUUAUUAAUUUAUAUCAAUAUUUUUCAAUGCACAUCAAAGUGUGGCCCAGGAUUCAAACACCAAAUUGUUCUGUGCAAAAGCAGUGAUCUUUUAAAAACUUUUCCAGACUCGCAAUGCCCAGGGGAAAGCAAACCUCCAGUCCGCAUCUGUUGUAGUUUAAGCCAAUGUCCUCCUCCUCGCCGUGUUACUGGAGACUGGGGACAGUGUACUGCACAGUGUGGUCUUGGGCAACAGAUGCAAAUAGUACAGUGCCUCUCAUACACCAGACAAGCAUCCAGUGAGUGUCCAGAGGCACUUAGACCUCCAUCAAUGCAGCAGUGUGAAAGCAAAUGUGACAAUACUCCCAUUUCCACCACAGAAGAGUGCAAAGAUGUGAACAAAGUGACAUAUUACCUACUGGUGUUGAAGUUCAAGUUCUGCAGUUGAGCAUACUUCAAACAGAUGUGCUGCAAGACCUGCCAAGGACACUGA